AUCGGACUCCUACCGACUGUCUGCAAUAGCACUGUAAGCCGACAAAUUUUUCUUGUACCUUCGUCUUACAAGAAGCAGGAACUGAGUCGGAUUACACCAACCAAGCCGUUGAAGGAAGAAGGUGUUCAAGAUGGCGCGUAUAGUGCCGAUCUUGGUGGCAGUCGUGGUCGUGGCCAUGUUGCUGACCGACACGGAUGCCACAUACUUGACAAAGAAAAUCUCCAAGAAGAUUUCAAGAAGCAGUUCGUUCAAGACGCGUUCGAGAAGCAGUUCGUCUAAGACGCGAUACUUUACGUUUGGCGACGGUGGUUCCAGUGAAAGUAGGGAGAGUUUGCUGGCCAAAGGGAGGAUGUUGCAUCACUCCUUUUCAGGCUCCAGUGCUAAAUAUGGCGACCAGAAUGACUACCUGCGGGCUCUUGUCGAAGCCAAAAUGAAGAAAGGAGGGAAGACACACGGAAGUGCAGACUACCAGCGCUGGAUGUCUGCGCAUGCCGGCUCGCUCAAAGGAGAAGGAAAACACAAGACUUAUUCCUGGAGCUCCUCCUGGUCCUCAGGUGGUAAGAAAGGUUUUGGUGACAUGUCCGUGGGCGAUAUGAAAGGAAUGCAGUUUGACAUGGACUUCGACUCCAUGGAAAACAAUGGCAAAAAGAGAAUCAAAGGCAUGAAAUUUGGAAGCUUCGAGAUGAAAGGCAUGAAGAUUGGACAUAUGUCAGGCGGUAGCAAAGGCGGCAUGAUGUUUGGAGGCGGAGGUAGUGGCGGUGGCAGCUGGAGUAUGGAAGGCGGCGACAGCAGCGGUAGAUGGAAGAUGAAAGGCAAGAGCUGGAAGACGAAAGGCGCCAGCUGGAAGAUGGAAGGUGGUCACGAAAGCUGGAUGAUGGGCGGCGGCGGAUGGAAGAUGAAAGGCGGCGGCGGAUGGAAUAUGGAAGGCGGUGGUGGCUGGAAUAUGGAACGCGGUGGUGGCUGGAAUAUGGAAGGCGGUGGCAGCUGGAAGGGCAUGCGCAGAGGGAGCGGGGAAGGGUCUGGUGAAAAAAUGCGUAAAAUUGAAUCAACUCAGGUCAUUGUUCGUGGCGGUAAGAAAGACAAGAAACGCAAGCAUAAGAAAGAAAAGGGCAAAAAGAAGAAGAAGAAGGAUCGUAAACAUCGCAAAGGAAGGCGUGGAUCCUCUGAAUCAUCUUCUAGUGAGGAAGAUGAGGACGAAGGAUGCGACUUUGAAGACAACAACAGGUGCUACAUCUAUAAAUCUAAGAAGAAAAGUUUCUCCAAAGCUGAACAGGAUUGCCAGAAACUGCAUGGUCAUCUUGCCAGCAUCAAUUCUUCCAGUAUUCAACAUAUGUUAUCCCAGUUUACAAAGAAACGUGGGAUCAACGAUGUUAUCUGGUUUGGAUUGUAUCAGAAGCGCAAGGACUGGAUAUAUGCCGAUAAAACUCCAUUCAGUGAAAGGGGAGGCUUUGUCAACUGGGACAAGAAUGAACCUAACGACAUGCACGUUGCUGGCAAAAAGGGAGCUGACUGUGCUGUUGUCAAUCCCAAAACUGACUGUAGAUGGAGGGACAGGAGCUGUAAGGCUGAGUAUGCCUACCUGUGCGAAGCGCCACUGCGGUACUAUGGGAAAGGCAAAGGACGAAGCCGUGGAUCUAGUAAAGAAUGUAAGAAACGCGGCAAGAAAGGCAAGGGUAGCUCCAGUCGAAAUUGCAAAGUGAAAGAACAAGUUGAUGCUGAGUGUCCUUCAGGAAGUUUCACCAACUCUAAAAACAACCGUUGCUACAAGUUCUACAAGAACAAAUUGGCCUGGCAAGAAGCAUAUCAGUAUUGCUUGAAUGAGGGAGGAAAUCUAGUUGUCUUUGAUGACGAGCAAACGAUACAAUUUUUGAAAAAGAAAGUGAAGAGUGACAUCUGGAUCAGUUACACGGAUAAGCUAGAGGAGGGCAAGUUUGUGAUGCACGUGGGCGACACAUCAGUGCCAGUCAAAAUUGACUUCUGGAAGAAAGGACAGCCCAAUGGCAAACGAGAGCAGAAUUGUUUGAUGGCGACCGUCAAGGACAAGAUGAAGGCUCAGGACAAGAAAUGCUCAGAGUCCCGUAACUUUGUCUGUGAGUUCCGCAGAGCAGCUGAUGUUGCCGUCGAUUUUACACAAGUUUUUUCACUGAGGAAAGGCUUUAGGCUCGUGAGUGAGAAGAGCUACACCAUUGAUGACAUACCAGAUGAAAACAAAUGUGCCAGAGUUUGCGACCGUCGCAAAAAGUGUCUUGGAAUCAACUUUUUCAAGAAGAAGAAGAAGUGUGAAAUUCUAUCCGAUAACAUCUUCACCGUGGAGAAAGGCAACCUUGAAAAAGACAAAGACUGUGUAUUUGGCAGCCACAAGUCCAGAAGAUUUUCCCACUGCCCACGAGAAGCUGACAUUCGCAAUCAAGAUACCGGCAUCUGCUACCAGUUUUACUCGACGAAAAUGAACUGGUUCGAUGCUCAGACCGAGUGCACCAGGAAUGGAGGCCACCUAGCAAUCGUUGACAAUGACGCCACCUACAAAUUCAUUAAUGACAACUCAGAAGGAUUUAAAGAUGUAUACUUUAUCGGCUUUAAUGAUUUGGACAUGAAAGGAGACUUCUAUUGGCAGUGGAAUGACAUUCGUGUACCAGUUGGGAAAACUUUCUGGAAAAAAAAGCAGCCAAAUGACCCUGACCAGGAACAGAACUGUGGUGCGGCUACGGCUGGCUCCAAACAGGAAUGGCAGGACAAACCGUGUGAGGAGAAACGUCCCUUCUUGUGUCAGUUCCCUCCCAAAGGUUAUAGGCCUGAUGCUGCUUGGUUGUCCGGUGUUGACAAGUAUGCUGGUCUCCAUCUGAGAAGCAAGGAAGACAAGUAUAGCAGAGAAAAUGUUGACCCAGAAACCUGCGCCCGACGAUGCUUCCAGAGAAAGAAAUGUCUUGCAUUUGAUUACAACAAGAAGAAGAAGGCUUGCCGUUUCUUGCACAACAGCAAAUUCACCCAGCCAAAACGUGCCAAGCCAUCUAAAGAUAAGGAUCACUAUGUUAUUAGGCUGAGGCAGUAUGCUCAUUGCCCAGAAGGAAGUAUAAAGUUACCGAAGAGUGACCGAUGUUUCAAGUAUUUUGAUGAAAAUGUCAACUGGCAAACCGCUGAGAGGAAGUGUGGUCGUGGUAAAUUCCCUGGUAACCUGCUUAUUAUGGAUAAUGACGAGGUAUUCAAACUGUUCAAAGGCAUUAAGAAAAGGUUUAAGAAAGCCUUGUGGACUGGUUGUAACAGGCGAGGGGCCAGGGACUUCGGCUGGAGCGUAUUCGGCGACCUAGAGAAGCUCAGUAAAUUCCAGAAAUGGAAGGGAGGAAAGGCCAAGGAUGAUGACAAAAAGCGUUGUGUUCAAGCUCGCAAUGACAAUUUGGAAUGGGAAGCUGAGAACUGUAACAGCAAGAGGCCAUACGUGUGUGAAUACCGCCCCGCAGGGGCCAGCUUCACGGACGAUACAAUGAGGUCAUUCCAGAAGUUCCAUGGGCGUCAGCUCCGUGAGCCUGACCUAGAAAUCAUUGAGAAAUCAAAGGAUGAGGACUGUGCUAACAAGUGUAUUGAUGACGACUCAUGCUUGUCUUUCAACUUCAACUAUAAAGCUAACCAGUGCGAGCUGUCUAAACUGAGCCGAUUCACUACACCUGAAGCCCUGGAGAAAGUAAAGGGAUAUGUUCAUUAUGUCCACAAGGGGAGACAGUUUAGCCAUUGUCCACCCGGCACUUUCGUCGACAAGGGAAGUCGCCGAUGUUAUCGUAUCGUGGACAAGAAAGUGUCCUGGGAUGAAGCCCAAGAUGAGUGCGACCGUUUAGGAGGGAAGCUCGCUGUUAUACCUGAUAAGUCAACCUGGAAGUCCCUCGCAGACCAGUGGCCCAACAAAUCCCCGUCUGACUUUUGGAUUGGUAUGAUCUCCGACAUUCGUGGGAACAUGAAAUGGCGCUGGGGUGUGAAGAAUUUCCGCGUUGGCAGAUCAUUUAAUAAAUGGGAAGGUGGAAAUGAGGCCAAGCACAAGAAGUGGUUUAAAGGAAGGAAAGAGCGUAUGUGUGGUUGUGCGCGAGCUAAGCGCCUGGACUGGAAGCUCAACUCUUGUGGUGACAGGAAAGCAUUCCUCUGUGAAUUCCGUGCCAAAGGAGAUGAACAGGUUUCGUUGAACUGCCCUGAAGGUUGGGAGCCAUUUGGAGGCAUGUGUUACAUGAUGGAGAGGAACAAGAUUGGAUACAAUGAUGCCCGAGACAUCUGCCGUCUGAAUGGAGCCGAACUGUUGUCCAUUGGAAGCCAAGCAGAGAAUGAAUUCCUGGGGGAUUUCCUGAGAAACAAUGUUGGCAAAGAUAGUACCCCUGUCUGGAUUGGCCUUAAUGACCAGGAAAAAGAAAUGAAAUGGAUCUUCCUUGAUGGAACGGAUUGGGAGAAUGGUUUCAAGAAUUGGGCUGAUCCUAAAGAUCCGUACAGACCUGACAAAGAUGACUGCGCGGCUGUUGAACCCUCUGGUAACUUCGACCUUCAGUGGAAAGACAGAAGCUGUAGCUCUAAAUACUACUACAUGUGUGAAGCCAAACCCACAGAUAUCAAGGCCUAUGGAUGUCGCAGUGGUAAAAUUACCUGUCCCAAGAAUGCUGAGUGUGCUACAACGAAGAGAGGUUCAACAUGUGUCUGUAAGAAUGGCUACACUGCCAUAACACAGGAUGAAGAGCUGGUCGGUUGCCAGAGGGCAAGUGUGUGCCACGGUUCCGGAGAUCCUCACUUCACUACGUUUGAUGGGGUGAGGAUCCACUUCCAAGGCUCGUGCCGCUAUACCCUUGCCAAACCUUGUGACGGUGCUAUGCAAUCUGGAGAUUUGUUCAAUGUGACCGUUCAGCUGGAGCACCGCAGACAUAAACGUACUGUCACCUAUGUCAGAAGUGUGUAUGUGGAGGCUUAUGGUGUGGAGGUGGCGCUUCUCAAGGACCGACAGAUGAAGGUGAAUGGUGACCACAGACAUCCUGGCAUUCAGCUAGCAGAGGGAAAAGUCACCACCGAGCUAGAAGGCUGUCGUUCACUGGUUGUCACAUUAGUCGACCUUGGCGUAAGAGUUUCAUUCAGUGAUAACCACAAAGUCCGAGUUGAGGUUCCUGACAAAUACUUCAACAAGAUGUGUGGUAUCUGCGGAAACUACAACGAUGAGGAAGAUGAUGAUAAGUUCAUCGCCUACACCAACGAACCAGGGGAUUACUUUCAAAUUGGGAACAGUUGGCUGACCUACUCGCAUCCUGAUGAUGCAGAGGAAAACGAAGCAGAGGGACAUGAAGACUGCACGAAUGUGCCGAGUGUUCCGAUUACUGACGAGUGUACAGAGGCCUCAAAAAUGUUGUAUCGCUCCAAGGAGUUGUGUGGUUGGCUGAACACUGAGCGCUUUGUUAUGGCACACGGGUUCCUCAAGCCAGAAAACUACAUCGAGAGCUGUGUGUUUGACAUGUGUGCCGGUAUGGACCUGCAGGAAGUGCGCUGUAACUACGCAGAGUCUUACGCCACUGAAGCGAUAUCUAAAGGAGCCGAUCUUUCCUGGAGAGAGGGAACCGAUUGUGCCCCACUGUGCCCUGAGAACGCCGUUUUUAGGUCUAAGGCCUCAGCUUGUCAAGACAGCUGUGAGAACCCCGAAGCGUCAGUCUGCUGUAAACGUAAACCACAGGAGGGAUGUGAAUGUAAGACAGGCUACUUACUUAGUGGUACCAAGUGUGUACGUUCCAGUGAAUGCGGAUGCAGGGGACGUGAUGGCGUCUACAGACAGGUUGGUGAUGUGUGGACAGAUGGACGAUGUCACCGUAAAUACACAUGUCAGAGGAAUGGGAAAAUCCUGGAGGAAGAUGUUAGUUGCCAUGAAACCGCCACAUGCAAGAGAAAUCGCUUUGGCAAGCAGUCUUGUCAUUGUCAGAGAGGUUACGAGGGAGAUGGUAUAACCUCAUGUGAAGACAUUGAUGAAUGUACAUCAAAGAGGAGGCCAUGUGGCCGUGAUGCGAGGUGUGAAAACACACCGGGAUCCUAUAAAUGUAUACUGGAAUGUAAGAAAGCUUUGAGGAGCGCAGAGGACGAUGUAAAGAUAUCAACGAGUGUCGUCAGAAGGAUAAGGGUGGUUGUUCUCACAGAUGUGUGAACCUGCGUGGAAGCUACAGGUGCAUAUGCCCAGCUGGCACGACCAUGGGAGAUGACAAAAAGACCUGCUCACAACCUAACGACUGUAAAGAAGGAGUGGAUUUGUCUCAGGUUGAACCAGCUCUAGAUGAUGAACCAUAUAAAAGAAGUAAGCCAAAGAAGGACUGGCUGAAAAUCUUGAAGGUUCGUCCUGGCAGGAGGAGGAGGAGGA